UACACACCUUCUUUCUCUCUUACACUUUCCCUCUCUACUCUUUAUCCUCUAAGUUAUAUAUAGAUAUAACUUUCGUAAUCUUUAUACAUAGAUCCUUCCGCACCCCCUUGUAAAGCCAAAUUUUUAUCAAACACCAAAGCCAGACUGUUGAUUGGCAGUCCCAUCAAUCAUCAAUCUCCUUCUCUUAUUGUUUUUUAUUUCUUUAUAUAUCGUUUCCUACCCUGCCCAGAAAUUCAAUCAAAUUAUCUCAAAAGAAAAGCAUGAGCUGGUGGUGGGCCGGUGCCGUUGGCGCUGCUAGGAAGAAAUUUGAUGAAGAUGAAGGACCGACAAGCUUCCAGAGUGUUGCGUUGAUAGUCGGAGUGACCGGCAUAGUCGGCAACAGUCUGGCUGAAAUACUUCCAUUAUCCGACACCCCCGGCGGCCCAUGGAAAGUUUACGGGGUGGCUCGACGGCCCAGACCCAACUGGAACGCCGAUCAUCCAAUCGAGUACAUUCAGUGCGACAUAUCCGAUCCGAAGGACACCGAAUCGAAGCUCUCCCAACUUACCGACGUGACCCACAUCUUCUACGUCAGCUGGAUCAACCGAUCAUCCGAAGCCGAGAACUGCGAAAUCAACGGUUCCAUGCUUCGCAACGUCUUGCGUUCCGUGAUCCCGAACGCACCCAAUCUUUGCCACAUCUGUCUCCAAACAGGAGUGAAACAUUACCUCGGACCGUUCGAGUUGUUCGGUAAAAUCCAACCGCACGAUCCGCCUUUUACAGAAGAUUUACCACGGUUAAACGCUCCCAACUUUUACUACACUCAAGAAGACAUCCUCUUUGAAGAAACCGAGAAAAAAGAAGGAUUAACCUGGUCGGUGCACCGACCCGGUCCGAUAUUUGGGUUUUCGCCUUACAGUUUAAUGAACAUCGUUGGAACUCUUUGCGUUUACGCCGCCAUUUGUAAACACGAAGGGAAACCGUUACUUUUUCCUGCAAGCAAAGCCGCUUGGGAAUGUUACUCUGAUGCUUCGGAUGCGGAUUUGAUUGCGGAGCAACAUAUAUGGGCGGCUGUGGAUCCGUAUGCGAAAAACGAAGCUUUUAAUGUGACAAAUGGGGAUGUUUUUAAGUGGAAGCAUUUGUGGAGCGCUUUGGCGGAGCAGUUUGGGAUAGAAGAAUUUGGUUUUGAGGAAGGGAAGAAUUUGGGGUUGCAGGAGAUGAUGAAAGGGAAAGAAAGGGUGUGGGAAGAGAUAGUGAAGGAGAACCAGUUGCAGGAGACGAGGUUGGAGGAGGUGGGAAUUUGGUGGUUUGUGGAUGUGAUGUUAGCAGCGGAGGCGGUGCUGUCGAGUAUGAAUAAGAGUAAGGAGCACGGAUUUCUGGGGUUUAGGAAUUCUAGGAAUUCCUUUGUUACUUGGAUUGAUAAGAUGAAGGUUUACAAGAUUGUGCCUUGAUUCAAUCUCUUGUUUCGAGUUGUUUCCAGUUUUUGGUGAUGAAGAUGAAUUUGCUAUUGCUGAUGUUGUUACUCUAAAAUAAGUACAUAAGCCAAGCAAUUAAUGGCAAAAGCAAGGAACCGUUAGAUUGGUGAAGCUUUUGUUGCGUUUGGCGAAUGCUGUGUGUUUUUCUUUUCUCUUUUUUGGCUUCUGAUGCUGUAUUAUUAUAUUUCGUACAAGCUUGAAUUAUACAAUAGAACUUAUUGAUUAGACAAA